UUGUGCUGAAGAGCAAAGUGUGUAAAGGAGAAGCAAGACAAGCUCAACAAGCAUUCAAAAGUUCUCUUAUAUAUUUGAUACUAUCAAUCAAACAAACCAUAAAAACACUUGAACACAAGGCUUUAUCUAGUUUUUCACCUUCCAUAAGAUGUAUCAUCAACAUCAUCACCAACACCAAGGAAAAAAUAUUCAUUCUUCUUCUAGAAUGUCAAUACCAUCUGAGAGACACAUGUUCCUUCAAACAGGAAAUGGUUCUAGUGAUUCAGGACUUGUGCUGUCAACUGAUGCUAAGCCUAGAUUAAAAUGGACACCUGAUCUUCAUGCAAGGUUUAUAGAAGCAGUUAAUCAGUUAGGUGGAGCUGACAAGGCAACUCCAAAAACAGUAAUGAAACUCAUGGGGAUUCCAGGACUUACCUUAUAUCAUCUAAAGAGCCAUCUUCAGAAGUACAGAUUGAGCAAGAAUCUGCAUGGACAAAGCAACAAUAAUAAUGUGACACAUAAAAUCACAGACACACAUGCAACUUCAGGAACUGAUGAGAGAUCACUUUCUGAAACCAAUGGAACUCACAUGAAUAAAUUAAUAACCCUUGGACCACAGACUAAUAACAAAGAUAUACACAUAAGUGAGGCGCUGCAGAUGCAGAUUGAGGUUCAGAGAAGACUCAAUGAACAACUUGAGGUACAAAGACACUUGCAGCUUAGGAUAGAAGCUCAAGGAAAAUACCUUCAAUCAGUACUUGAGAAAGCUCAAGAAACACUUGGUAGACAGAAUUUGGGAAUAGUAGGACUUGAAGCUGCAAAAGUUCAACUUUCAGAGCUUGUUUCAAAAGUAUCCUCACAGUCUCUAAAUUCAGCAUUUUCAGAGAUGAAGGAGUUACAAGGAUUUAAUAACCCUCAACAACAAACACAAAUUACAACAAACCAACCAAAUGAUUGCUCAAUGGACAGUAGUUGCUUAACAUCGUCGGACCGAUCACAAAAAGAACAACAAGAGAUCAUUCAAAAUGGAGGAGGGUUUGGAUUAAGACACUUCAACAACAACAACAACCAUUUGUUCAUGGAAAGAAAAGAAUUACAACAAGUCACAGAAACAAACAUUAGAAACAGUGAAGUACUAAAGUGGUGUAGUGAUGAAGUGAAAAAAAACACAAGUACUAAUUUUCAUGGAAACUUAUCAAUGAGCAUUGGAGUUGAAAGUCAUUCAGAUGGUGAGUUUCAACGUACAUCAAGAACAGAUCAAACAAUGAAAUUAGCAAUGGAUGAUCAUAAGAUGCAACCUUCAAAUAGUUACUUUUCAACUUCAAGAUUGGAUUUAAACAGUCGUGGAGAUAAUAAUGAAGGAUGUAAACAACUUGACUUGAAUAGGUUCAGUUGGAACUGAGAUGAGAAAAUUUUAGGCAAAUGAAAUAAGUUGGACCAACAAAUUAAGAGCAAUGAUGAAUUUGUAAUCAGCCCUUUAUUAUAAUGAAGGAGAUAGCUCCAACAAUAUUGAUACAAUUAAUUCAAAUUAAGUUCAUGAUAUAGUAUGUAACAUGUAUUUUGUUCAUGAGCUAUAGCUUCUUUUUUAUGGAUGAAAAAAGUUUAGGUGAGUUCAUAAAAAAUAAUUUUAACAUCA